CCCACCUGGGGUUUAAAAAGGCAGAGCAGACCAGAGCAGUGAGACUGUCCCCUGCCCCUUCCCUCACGGCAUCCGGAGCCCCAGACCUCCCAGGGGCGGCCGUGCAGGCAGGCCGGGCCCAUGGAAGCCGGGGCCACGCGUUUUCUAAUGACCUACCGUGUGCGGCUGAAGCAAAUAUUGAAGCAAACUCCAGAAAUACCUACACGGAGACUCAGCAUUGCUUUUGUAUUGAUCGCGCUAAACUGCUUAAUAAUUCAUUUGCUCAUCUCAGGGUCUGAAUGUCUUUCUGUUUGUUCUCAGCAUCGUAGACAAAAUGCUGGGCGAGGGGCUGCAGCUCAGGGCCUCCCUGGGGCUGCACAGUGUAAGGUGAGCGUGGGAAGACAGGGCCCUUCGUGCCCAGCCAAGAGCGCCUGCGCUCAGCUCCAAGGUCACAACUCGUAAGAGCCUUGGCAGAGCUGGACAGACACCUGGGAGGUCCCUGGGGACCUGAGACGUGGCUGACCCUGUGGGAGGGCCCUGGGGACCUGAGACGUGGCUGACCCUGUGGGAGGGCCCUGGGGACCUGAGACGUGGCUGACCCUGACGGAGGGCCCUGGGGACCUGAGACGUGGCUGACUGUGGCCUUGCUUCCACCUGAUGAGUGCUCUGAACACGGUUAGAAGUGAGCGGGCUCACCUCCGAGGUCACUUCUGUCCUAAUACUGGAUCCUCACGGGCUGUUUAUGUAGCCCCAUGAGAGGGAAAAACCAGAAAUACUGGUCUCCUAUCUGCUUCCGCCUCUUUCAGGGAGGCCCGGGGCAGGGUGCCUCAGAGCAUCCUGCUGAGCGUCCAGGCUCAGACCCACCACAGGUGCGUGACCCUGCUAGUCCUCAGAGCCGAGCGGGCGGGGAGAGUCCCUGUUUCCUGGGCUCUUACCUAAUUCUUAACCAGCCUCUUCAAGUUACAGAUUUCACAGCUAAAUACAUGAAUAUGAUCUUGCUCAAAGGAUUUGCCAACAGGAAGUGCUCUGGAUCUGGUCGGUGUUUUUGUUUUGUUUUUCUCAACAAGCACAGUGAGACAUGGACUUCCUCAUUCCAGGAGGAGGACACGUGCCACCCCGGGCCAGCCCCCCCAGAGGGGACAGGAGCCGACACCCAGCUCGGAUCCCACGGGGAUCCAGAGCUUCUAGCAAAGACACUCUUCCAGCAUCAGCGGGGCCGGCACCGUGUGACGCUGAGGAGCACGAUGGGGACGAGCCCCCGGUGGCCCCGUCACUCACCUUGGGGACGAGCCCAGCCAGUCCCCCCCACUUCGCACAGGAAGACUGACCCAGUCUCGCUUGUCGUCAGCCUUGCUGGGACUCCCACGCUGCGUCGCAAGUGCGAGGCAUCCAUGUGGACAAGGGCGCCUCGCCCGCAGCCUGUCCGGGUCUGGGAAGGAAGGGGCGGCCAUCAGGGUUACUUACUUAUUUAUUUAAUGGAGGUGCUGGGACUGAACCCAGGACCUCACGCAGGCCAAGCUCGUGCCCUCCCUCCGAGCUGUGCCCUCCCUCCUGGAAACACUCCCUCUUGGAAGGGACCGUACACCCCUGGCUCCCCUCCUCCAGCCUCUCCGCAGCCGGAAACAGUGGUGGGACUGUGCCCUCCUUCCCCAGAGCUGCCAGGUCUCUCCUGUCCCCACCCUGAGGCCAUCCCCAGCCCUCUCUCUUCACGUCCCGCCCCCAUCAGCAGAUCCAACAUCCAGCUCUUUAACAAGAAGCAUUGCCACUGA